UGUCCGUUAUAUAUUCGUUAUUCUGUGAAAAAUACGCGCUAUGAAAAAUGUUUCGUUAUUCGGCCUUUCGAUAGUGCAUUACAACAUAGACCCGUUAUUCAUGCGGUUCGACAUUCAUGACAUUUGGACGAAAAAAUACGGAGCGAUUAUGUGUUGGUGAAAUGUGUGUGACAAUGUUGGGAGCUUGAUCAUCACGUGUUUCUAACAACGUCUUUGGCGAAACUUACGACCUUUAUUGUUAUCACAGUGUAAUGACAAGCCAGUGCUUAAACACACCUUAAUCAUCAACCUGUCACCUGACGAUGAAAUGACGAUUACUCCGAUGGUACCAUGUUACAUGAAACCCUCCGGAUGCACACGAUGGCAGCCUCUUAGGUUUGGAAGCAGCACGCCGAUAAAGCCAGGUGACGUAUGCUCUUUGCUGCCUGACAAAUGUUGGUUUAAGGUCAUCUCUGUGCCAGAAACGAUGGAAAAAAACGAUCAGACGUUAAAGAGAAAAGCUGAGGAAGAUUUCAACCAAGAUAUAGUGGACAGCAAGAAAGUAUGUCUGUCGUUCAAUACGGAAGCUGUUACGUCUGCUGUUGAAACUUUGAAUGAUUUCCUCAACGACAAGGAUUCCCUGGCCAAAUGUCCGAUUCCUGUCAUUAAUGGAAACGAGCACGGAGACACAGCCGCGCCAUUCUUGCAAGAAAUCUAUUCCACAAGCUACCCAGAAGGAAGCGACGUAUCCGCGACUUGCUCCAAAAUAUCGUCAGAUCUUCCAGAUGCAGCCGAGGCUUCCGUUGAAUGCGAGAGCAAUGCGAAACGGGAAAAGAGAAGCGACGAGUCGACGAAUGUCGAGCCGGAGGAGAGACCCACGUGCGAUCUCGAUGCUCACUUCGAUCAGGCGAGCGAUCAGGAAGCGAUUAUCGAAGCAGUAGCACCGAUGAGGGACGAAUCCCGAUCACCUGUUGCGCGUCGAGAUCGAGCGAGCAACUCGAAUCGCGAGAACAACGACGUUCCUAAGAGGGAGAAGUGCACGUAUGGUACUCGGUGUUAUCGGAAGAAUCCUAACCACAAGAAUAACUACAGUCAUCCGGGCGAUGCUGAUUACGAUGCCGAUGCCGAUGAAGUGGAUAACCGGGAGGAAUGUCCGUAUGGCAACAAGUGUUACCGCAAGAAUCCACAGCACAAGGCGCAAUUCAAGCAUAUAAGCAUGCCUCGUCGUCGUCGUAAAGUCGCCAACUCUGCGCAGCAGCCGGCUGUUGUGGACACGGAAACAGACGCAUCGUCCAUGGAGUCCGUCGACGAGUCUGAUUACGAGCCGUCCGUUUACACAGAGAGCUCAGACACGAGGAGCGACUCGGACGAGAGCAGGAGCGAAUGGGAGGACGGCACGACCGGCUAACGAAGAUGACUUCUUCCUUUUCUCUCUGUCGUUGGACGUUGUUACAUGUCGAGAACGUACAAAUUGUAGAUCCAUCUUUAUAGCAAUAUGAAUUUAUUUUCGUACGAAAUAUUUAUUUUUAUAUUGGGCUAAUAUAUGUACCUGCAACUUACGUGCUCAACGUUUAAAAAGAAAAGUACAUAUAAAAGGUAUUAGUUAUAUAUUACAUAUAUAUAUAUGUAUAUAUCACAA